UGAAUGGAAACCCAUUCACAAGAUUUUAUCUACUUUCUUAUAGAAAGUUGCGUAUGGACUAAAACCCUCUCAUCUGAUAGUAGAGUUGAGAGUAAUUUUUCCUUACAGUUGCUCCAGCUGAGUAAGAAAAAUAUGUACUUAUUCUUCAAAUAAAAGGUCACAAAGUAGAGAAUAUAUUUUUUGUUUUAAUUUAGUUGCGAUGCUUGUCAUUACAUAGCUUAUAGCUGAUCUACUUGUAUGCUGUAUUUACAUAGCAACCCAUAUGAACACAGAGGUGACGUAUGUAAUUCUGAUUUCCUUCGCAUCUAUCUGUACCCCUCACCCAACCCCAGCCCAAUCAGACAGGAUUAGCUAUCAGGGAGCAGGUUAUGCAUCUGUUUUCUCACACAGCAUGGCACGAGAGUGCCAACAAUUUUUGAAAUAAUUGAAGUAAAGAGAUGAAUGUUAAUUAAGACACAUAUUGUCAUGUUCCAGGUCUGCAGAGUUGAAAGGAUCCUCACAUUGUUUCCACUCUCCUUUAGUUUAUUUGGCCGUCAGAUGCCCUCAAAACAAAAUACAAUGCUUCUGUGAAAAGAAAUGCUUAAAAGAGACUCCCGUGUGAGACUUGGGAUAUACUUUUUUUCUGCUGCAGACCUUGGCUGCCGUGCUGGAGCUUAUUUGGGGCCCAUGUAUCUGCGCCUGCCGGUGGGGGUUUAGAGAAGUAAGUUUGAGCAGUGUCAACGAUUUAUGGGGAGGCAGUAAUGGGCUUCUACUGAAUGCUAAUUACCGACGAGUUGUUCAGGGAGACUGUGCAAGAACUGUUGGUUUGUGGUAAAUUAGUCGCUAGCUCCAUUGAGAUGGACUGCGAGUUUAGAUCAGAGCCCCAAAGGCGCCCAGCUCCUUGUGACUGAUGGCCAAACUUGGUGACAAUUUGAGAAAAAACACCCCAAUUGUGCUAAACGGUAAAGUAGAUGACUUUACAUGAAUUUAAUAAGUACGAUUCUGGUUAAAAGUUAAAGCUUCCAACCCCUUUUGGAUUAAAAGGACGGGGAGACUGGAUCGUUAAAUGAAUUAUCAGAGUUGUUUUGGCUCUUAGAUCUGAAAAGCUGCCAAUGGUAUGAAAGAAUAGAUUGCUCUGGAAAAACCCCUGCCCUGAGUAUGACGGCCUUUAUUUGUCUGUGUACUGGGGCUUUCUGGCUGUCCACACGCAUAAACCUCAACCUUUAUCUCAUACUGCACAGGGUGGCUUUUCUGAGAAAUGAUCCUCUAGCUCCCGACCAAAACAGGCGUCUGCAUUGGGAGGGUUUUCUUGAGUCUCAGGCAGCUCUCUUUCAAUUGGCAGUUACCUUUCUUCUUCAUUUCCAUUUCCAGCAACGAGAAGAGAGUUAAUGAUUCAUUUGCUCCCAGUGACCUUUUGAAUAACUGGACUGCGGUGUACCAGUACCACUCUGAGCUGCUGUGCUCGCCUCCUUUUACUUUCCCAGUUUGGCUUGCAUAUUUAUAGCCUCCUUCGUGGUCUACAUGCCUGAACGCCUGAAGGAAGCAAAACAUUUAUUGCCUCUCCCUCCCGGUGUUCGCAGCUUUCACCCAGCCCCAUUCCUUCCUUUUACAUCACACGGGAGACUCGCCUCCUGGCUGGGGAUGUCCGAGUUCUUCCUGAGUCUCUGCUGUUGAAUCUGUUGAUUUCAUCGAGACAAAAAGAUGGAUUCUGACUCGGACUCACCUUUUAACUACUCGUGGCCUUCCUUCCCCAAAAUGAAGAUUCGACGGAGGGCGUCCAAACAAGAUCGUUCCUUUGAUGUCCUCAAAAAAUCCAAGCAUCCCCCAACGUUCCUUGCUGCUGGCCGGCUUUCUGACAUGCUGAAUGGCGGUGAUGAAGUCUAUGCUAACUGCAUGGUGAUAGAUCAGGUUGGUGAUUUGGAUAUUAACUAUAUUAAUAUAGAGGGAAUCACUGAAAACACUUGCCUUGAAUCCAUGGGUUCUACUCUGGGGCCUCAGAGCAGCAAGCCCAUCCUUCCUACUGAAACCAGCGCUGGCACGUACCCACCAAAUGAGAACACAGAAGUCACAUCACACACCGAAGCCCAACCGUCUUUGAUGUCACCAUCUAGUUCAUAUGCUUCCAGUUUGAAUCUUUCUUUUGGUCUUCAUGGAUUUGAAAAGGAACAAAGUCAUCUAAAGAAAAGAAGUUCCAGCCUUGAUGCCCUGGAUGCUGACAGUGAAGGAGAGGGGCAUUCCGAGCGGUCGCGCAUUUGCUACACUCCAGUGUCUCAGAGUUCCUCGAGAACUGGCAUUCCUAGUGGGGAUGAAUUGGACUCUUUUGAGACCAACACUGAACCAGAUUUUAAUAUCUCCAGGACUGAAUCACUUUCUUUAUCAAGUAGCCUGCAGCUGAAGGAAUCAUUGUUUUCUGGAGUCCGCUCACGUUCUUAUUCCUGCUCAUCACCCAAAAUUUCUUUAGGAAAAACUCGAUUGAUCCGUGACUUUACAGUGUGCAAUUCAGCUGAAGAGCAAAGAGCUUACAGCUUACCGGAGCCACCAAGAGAAAAAAGAAUUCAGGAAGAAGAAUGGGAUAAAUACAUCAUACCUGCCAAAUCAGAGUCUGAAAAGUACAAAGUGAGCCGAACUUUCAGCUUCCUCAUGAACAGGAUGACCAGCCCUCGGAAUAAAUCUAAGACAAAAGGCAAGGAUGCCAAAGACAAAGAGAAACUGAGUCGACAUCAGUUUGUCCCUGGAACAUUUUCUGGGACUCUACAGUGUUUGGUUUGUGAUAAAACGCUCCUGGGGAAAGAGUCGUUCCAGUGUUCCAACUGUAAUGCAAAUGUACAUAAGGGCUGUAAAGAUGCCGCCUCUCCGUGUACCAAGAAAUUCCAAGUGAAAUAUAAUAAGAACAAACCGCAGACCAUCCUUGGAAAUUCUUCAUUUAGAGACGUCCCACCGCCUGGGCUCUCCUUGCACCCUUCCUCCUCCAUGCCUGUUGGGUUGCCGACGGGGAGGAAGGAAGCAGCAGGGCAAGUCCAUCCAUUGUCCAGAAGCGUUCCAGGCAUCACCUUGGAAAGCUUCAGGAGGUCAGGGGCAUCCCUGGAGUCCGAAAGUGACGGGAGCACCUGGAAAAGCAGGUCUCAGUCUGAUGAGCUGUUCCAGCCCAUGGGCUCACCUCCCUCCACGGACUCCUUCUUAAUGGAAGAUGUCGUGGAUUCGUCUCUGUGGAGUGACCUCAGCAGUGACGCCCAGGGGUUUGAAGCAGAAUCUUGGAGUCUGGUGGUGGACCCCUCAUUUUGUAGUAGGCAGGAGAAGGAUGUCAUCAAAAGACAGGAUGUCAUUUUUGAGCUAAUGCAGACAGAAAUGCAUCACAUCCAGACCCUGUUCAUCAUGUCCGAGAUCUUCAGGAAAGGGAUGAAGGAGGAGCUGCAGCUUGACCACAGCACUGUGGAUAAAAUCUUCCCCUGUUUAGAUGAGUUACUUGAAAUCCACAGGCAUUUCUUCUAUAGUAUGAAGGAGCGAAGGCAAGAAUCCUGUAUUGGCAACGACAGGAAUUUCGUCAUCAACCGAAUCGGAGAUAUUCUAGUACAACAGUUUUCAGAAGAAAAUGCAAAUAAAAUGAAGAAAAUAUAUGGGGAAUUCUGUAGCCAUCACAAGGAGGCUGUUAGCCUCUUUAAAGAACUCCAGCAGAAUAAAAAGUUUCAGAAUUUUAUUAAGCUCCGAAAUAGUAAUCUUUUGGCUCGACGCCGAGGAAUUCCAGAAUGCAUUCUGCUGGUCACUCAGCGCAUCACAAAAUACCCUGUCUUGGUGGAAAGGAUAUUGCAGUACACAAAGGAAAACACUGAAGAACAGAAAGACUUAUGCAAAGCUCUUUGCUUAAUUAAAGACAUGAUUGCAGCUGUGGAUUUAAAAGUCAGCGAAUAUGAGAAAAAACAAAAAUGGCUUGAGAUCCUAAAUAAGAUUGAAAACAAAACAUAUACCAAGCUUAAAAAUGGCCACGUGUUUAGGAAGCAGGCACUGAUGAGUAAAGAAAGGACCCUGUUAUACGAUGGCCUUGUUUAUUGGAAAACCGCUACGGGUCGUUUCAAAGAUAUCCUAGCUCUGCUUCUAACUGAUGUGCUGCUCUUUUUACAAGAAAAAGACCAGAAGUACAUCUUUGCAGCUGUUGAUCAGAAGCCAUCAGUUAUUUCCCUUCAGAAGCUCAUUGCUAGGGAAGUUGCGAAUGAGGAGAGAGGAAUGUUUCUGAUCAGUGCUUCAUCUGCUGGUCCUGAGAUGUAUGAAAUUCAUACCAACUCCAAGGAGGAACGGAAUACCUGGAUGAGGCGGAUCCAACAGGCAGUAGAAAGUUGCCCAGAAGAAGAAGGGGGAAGGACAAGUGAGUCUGACGAAGAAAGGCGGAAAGCUGAAGCCAGAGUGGCCAAAAUUCAGCAAUGUCAAGAAAUACUCAGUAACCAAGACCAACAAAUUUGCACAUAUUUGGAAGAGAAGCUGCAUAUCUAUGCUGAACUUGGAGAGCUGAGUGGAUUUGAGGAUGUCCAUCUAGAGCCCCACCUCCUCAUUAAACCAGACCCCGGAGAGCCUCCCCAGGCAGCCUCAUUACUGGCAGCAGCACUGAAAGAAGCCGAGAGCCUGCAAGUUGCAGUGAAGGCCUCCCAGACGAGCGAUGCGUGUCAGUCACCCAAGGAAGGUUGUGGAGAACCUGCUUUGCAGGAUGUGUUCAGUUCUCGGGACGCACCUGGAUCACCUACUGCUUCACUAGUCACAGAAGGGACAGGAGGAAGAGGCUGUUGGGAUGUGGAUCCUGGGACCCAGGGUGUGGGAACCGACCUGGCGGUCUCUGAUGCCGGGGAGAAGGUGGAAUAUAGAAGUUUCCCAAGUUCUUCACAGUCAGAGAUUAUACAAGCGAUACAGAAUUUAACCCGUCUCUUAUAUAGCCUUCAGGCCGCCUUGACCGUUCAGGAUAGCCACAUUGAGGUGCACAGGCUGGCUCUCCAGCAGCAGGAGGGCCUGUCCCCCGGCCCCUCUUUCCGAGGCAGCCCCUUUCAGGACGAGGAGAAGCGCCGAAGCCUGGAGAAGCGGCGGGAGGAGCUGGCCAACCUCCACGAGCUGCAGCAGCAGUUCCAGCAGGACCGGCAGCGCUGGCACCGCAGGUGCGACCAGCAGCAGCGAGAGCAGGAGGCCAAGGCCAGCCGGCUGCAGGAGCGCGAGAGGGAGUGCCGGCUGCAGGAGGAGCUGCUGCUGAGCAGCCGGGGGCAGCUGGACCAGCAGCGCCAGGAGUACCAGCAGAGCCUGGAGCGGCUGCGGGAGGGCCAGCGCCUGGUGGAGAGGGAGAGGGAGAGGAUGCGGGCCCAGAAGAGCCUGCUGCGUGGCUGGAAGCACAGCCGGCAGAGGAGCCUUCCCGCGGCGCUGCCUGGAGGAGGCGUGGAGGUAAUGGAACUUAAUCAAUCUGAGGGUUUAUGUCAUGAAAAUUCAUUCUUCAUCAAUGAAGCUUUAGCGCAAAUGUCACUUGACACUUUGAACAAACCGACUCCAGCAGAUAUCCAUCAGGAUGCCACUUACCCCCCAAGUAUAUCUCAUUCCGAUUUGGUAAGGACUAGUGAAAAUCAAGUAGACCUCAAGAUGAACAUUUCUCAGCCCUUGGAUGUCAGCCAUGAACUGUGGAUAGCCGCUGGGUCCUGUCAUCAGAUACCCCCUCUCCACCAAAGCAGCAAGGAUUCUUGUAAAAAUGAUUUGGACCUCUCUCAGACUGCAUGCCCGCCCCCCCAGGACUCAAAUCCUCAUGGCCCUCAGCUGCAGACGUUCAUAGCGGAAGCAAAGCUAAAUCUACAGAGAGUAACCAGACAAGACGGCGAAACUGGAGAUGGAGCAGAAGAAACUAUUGUUUACCUCUAAUUGUGUUGUUAUUUUUCCAAAUGAAACAAAAUACAGGCAUUUGGGGGAGAAUUUUUUUUUCCUUUCCUGAUGUGUGUGUGACUGUGUCCAAAUUGCUUUAGGAGUAAUGUUUAAUAUUUCGUGCAAGUUUAUUUUGGGGGCAUGAGUCUAAUAAUUAAAUUAUUGAAAACAACUCUGUUUGUAUCAUCAUUAACUUAUCACACCUAAUUCCAGACUCCUGGAGGAGAAAUUAACUUAGAUAAGCAGAAAUAUGUUCAAAGUCGUUAUGACCCUAGAGUAAAAUUCCAUAUUGUAUUUUCUACGGGAUCAUUUGCUUUUUGAAAUGCCUUUUAAGAUCUAGGUGAAGCACUGUGGAUGGAAAGAGUGAUGUAAUUGGCAAAUUUUCACAAUCACAACAGCUGAUCAGGAGGCGUGACCUCAGGGCCCUCAAAGGCCAGGAGGAUGUGGAAAAGAGCUUUUCUUAGCUAGUCUUUGGGACAUCAAAGGGGUCACCCCUGGUGGUGAGCUGUCACAGUCACCAAGCGACAGAGGUACCCUAUUUGGACCCCUGUCCUAACUGGGUGGCCGCUCUGCUGUGGACACAAUCUGGACUCUUGGGACCUGGGGCAGAGACUGUUCAGAUGCACCUUCGUGGUCCUAAUGCUUGUGGGCUUUGAAGUCAUAGUUCAGCAGCAUCUUUCAACACAGCCCAGAGGCACGGCCCCAGCAAGUCGGUUCGAGGUAAAGUUUAGUAGCAACACUUUGCUACCGAAGUAAGACUUUAUUAGCCCUUGCUUCUCUCAGCUGGCCCUGCCUCCUUUUGGUCCCGGGAGCACCAAAGACCACCACUCACUGGAGGGAUCGCUGCCCAGCAGUUACUGAAGGACAAAAACUGCUCUCUCGGUGAAGCUUGCUGCCUGAAUGUGCUUUUCCACAAAGGAAAACUGGCACAUCUUGCUUUCAGGGUACUAUGGGUCUCUGUGUGAGAAAAUAAACCAGGAAAUGUUUUCAGUUUGUUCUUCAGAAGUAUUUGUGUAUGUUUUGGUCAGUGUCAAUAAAUAUCUAUUCCCU